AUGAUCUCCCAGAGCCGGCUGCAAACAGCCACCUACUUGCUAGCGGUUUGUCCAUUCUCCAUCGCCUUCUUGGUGUUUAUGAACUCGGCGGUAUCCUUUGUUGUCACGGAUCUUAUUAAGCUUGAGCACGGUCAUGGCAAUGCGGUUGGAACUCUGGGUUUCGCAGAUGAGCUGCUAGCUCUGGUUGCUUGCCCUCUAUGGGGUUUGAUAUCAGAUCGCAUCGGAGCAAGAUAUGUUUCGACAAUUGGCUACUUUAUUGUCGCCAUCUCUCUGGUUUUAUUCGUGCAAGCCAGGAAUGUCUACCCCCAGCUCUUGCUAGGAAGGCUUUUAUUCUGCCUUGGCGGCUCAGCAGUAGCAACUAUGGUGACCGCGUUACUUCCGGCCAUCACCGCUAAUCAUGAUAUCUCCAAAUGUCCCGCGCCUGGUGUUGCUGUUACUCCUCUAGUUUCGUCUCCCAAUUCCACAAACGUAAGUUGUGGUUCGCCCGGGACUGGUGAGGCUUCUCGUGUACGCUCAGGAAGCUCCGCACCCCGGCUAGCUGGGUAUGUCGGUAUGUUCACCGGCUGUGGCGCUCUUGUUGCUCUUCUCCUGUUCCUUCCUCUCCCUGUACGUUUCCAGAAAGCCGGUUACUCUCCUGCGCAAGCAAUUAAGUUUAGCUUUUACAUCGUGGGGAUAGUAGCUCUUGUUAUAUCCGUUGUGUGCUUUUUCGGACUGCGUGGCCUACAGGGCGAUGAAGGGAAGUCUCUCAAGUCUCUCCUCGGGUUUAUUGAGAGAGGCAAAACCUCGGAGGCUGAUGAGCGGCUUCAUGCGAGCUCGGGGAAAUCCGCCAAUACCUCUCCGCGUUCCUAUUUAGCCCAGCUUGUUGUUGCUUUGAAAGCUGGAUUGACUAACUACAAUAUCGGAUUGGCCUAUGUCGGUGGAUUUGUCGCACGAUCAUCGUCUGUCGGCAUAUCCCUGUUUAUUCCGCUCUAUGUUAAUGAGUACUACCGACGCUCCGGACUUUGUCACGAAACUGGCACAUCGUCUAGAGUUCAUCUUCUCAGCUCUAGCCCUGGGGAUAUCAAAAAGUCCUGCCCACGAGCAUACGUUAUUGCAUCGAUCUUAACCGGGGUUUCGCAAUUAGUAGCCUUAUUAUGUGCACCAUUAUUUGGCUACUUGUCUGAUAAAUCCCGUCGAUAUAACUUCCCAUUGCUAGUUGGAGCUCUUUUGGGGUUCUUAGCCUAUGUGAUAUUGGGAUUGUUACCGGGCCCACGAAUCACUAGUGCGGCAAUAUUCGUCGACAUGGCCUUUAUCGGUAUCAGCCAAAUUUCUGCAAUUGUGUGCAGUCUGGCUAUCUUGAGCAGCGGUAUCAAUGGCAUUCUUCCUGGGGCGGAUAACAUCCAGCAUGAAACACCAGCUGAAAUACCAGCCGAUAUGCCACGAGAUAGGGCAACUGCAGAUAAUGGCAACCGGUCGCUUGAAACCAUCAACGAGUCAACUCCUCUAGUGUCACGCAAUAUGCACACAACUUCUCUGCCACAAAGUUUUAUCCAUGUCAAAGGUUCUAUCGCUGGCAUGUACUCUCUUUGGGGAGGUGCCGGUAUUCUCAUCCUUACCAAGGUUGGCGGCAUACUGUUUGAUAGAUUAUCACCACACUCCCCAUUCUAUAUCCUUGCAGGUUUCAAUGGACUGCUUCUUAUUAUCGGGUUGAUACUCGGUGUCAAACAGCACUGGAGCUCAAGACGAGGAAGUGAUGUCGUUAUCAAAUGA